AUGAAGGUUGACGGUCAGUGUCUGAGCCCUCUGGUCGACACAGGAUCAUCUAAGCUCUUCUUCGUCGAGAAAGAGUACCUCGAAAGUCAGCUGAUGGAUAAAAGAGUGAUAGACAACAAAGCGUUCUCUAUGUACUUCAAACCAGAGAACUACAGCGAGGGCGAACUCGUCAUUGGCGGUGAGGACUCGAGUAAACACGAAGAACCUGUCAUUGCGGUUCCUCUGGUUGACGUGGGUGGCACCUGGGUGGUCAAGGUGGCGAGCCUCGUAGUUGGCGAGGAAACCAUUCUAGAGUCGGUGCCGAUGGAUAUCGAUAGCGGCACAUCGUAUUUCUGGUUGCCAUUUGGGUUGCAUCUUAGUCUCUGGAAGGCACUUGAGAAGUCGGCCAGUCUUAGAGCAGGUCGACAGAUCAAGUUCAACUACAACGAUGGUUUGCUCGCUCUCUCACGGUGUUCUGAUAGGGUCUAUCUCCCCCCACUGGAAGUCCAUCUGCGCGACAAGUUCGGUGUCGUUUCACUUAUUGUGAUAUCGAGCGACUUCUACGUACAAUCGUCCAGCUCACCAGAAGGGGAAACGUGCAUUCUACUAGGGCGAAUGGACCCCGUCGAUGAUCUGUAUACCCGUCCAACCAUUGGGUUGAAUCUAUUGCGGGAAUAUUAUCUUAACUUCCAAUAUGAUGAGCGUGAGAUCCGAUUCGCGAGAAUGCUGAAGGGCUCCGAUACUACUAGUCAGCCCUUGAAGGCUUCAAGUCGAGAACAGGGAAACCACAACAAACCUAUCAAAUCAAUGGAACCAGAUUCUUCAUCUAGUACUCUGUUCGACAGAAGUAUCAAGCUCGUCCCCUAG